UAGGCACGCACCUUUCGCUUGCCGCUCGCCUCUAUCUGCAUAUACCUUUCUUUCUCUUCUGUGUCCUACGGCGAGAUCGUCCCUAUGAAGGGGUCUGUGGCUCUUCUGGCCGGUGCCCUACCCGCUCUGUUCUCGUGCCCUCAAGAGAUCACUCCUCCAAGACCGACAUGUGCCGGGGGCGGCCCUGAUGCUGCUACCGCUGCGGUGGCCGCGUCAGCAGUAGCAUGGGCUUCGAGACCGACUCCAUUUGCUGCUCGCCGCAGGCAUACGGGGGCGCGAACAAGCAGCAGUGCGCCACGCCGUGCACGCCCAGCGUCCGCCCGCUGCCGGCAAAAGCGUCGCGCCGCCGGCGCUGAGCCCGUCCGCUUCGGCAGCAGCAGUCUGGCCGAAGGUCCGGCUUGGGCUUCGGAGACGUCUUCAGGCGCCGGCGGCGCCGGCAGCAACAGCGCAGCAGCUGGCGUGGAUCGCGAGCCGGCAGCUACUCGAGGCCGGUGUGUUGGCGGCGGCGGAAAUGGCCUCUCCGCUGCUGGAAGCGGCAGUGACGAUGCCGCCGUUGACGCAUUUGUUUCUUCCGCCGUACCGACAGCUAUCGACGAGGGCGAGUUGACGUGCGGGAUGCUGGAGGGCGUGGUUUCUCGAGAGGCCGCGCUGAAUGGACAGGAGAUGGUCCUCAGGGUGGCCAAACUAGACGACUAUUUCGCGAUCGCGGACGUUAGAUUCGAUGUAUUCUCCCCGGUGCACUCGACCCUCAAGCACCGCUUUAGAGAGAGGAGCUGCUUGCUCAUGAGGGAGAGAAGGCGAAAGGGGGCGUUUUGCCUCGUCGCCGCCCUGGAUGGUCCCGCAAGAGCGGCGGCGGCGGCGGCGGCGGUGGCAGCGGCCGAUAGGGCUGCUGCUAGCCAGAGGGAGGGGGGAGGGGUAGAGUUGGGGGCGGACCCCACUGCUAGCGCGGCGGCGUCAGCGUUGGAGACGGCGGUUUCCGAUGGCCACGUCCUGGGGACCUUGGAGUGCUCUAGGCACGAGUUUGAUGGCACGCCUCUGGCUGUGGAAGUCGAAGAACAGGGCGCAAAAAUCGCAAGGCUAUACCUCACAGAGGUCGCAGUCCGCUCGGACUGCCGGAGGAUGGGGGUGGGGCGUGUCCUGUUAGAGUUGGUGGAUGACGUCGCGAGGGCGCUCAAGACGUCGGAGGUGUUUCUUCACGUAAACGAGAUCAACCAGGCAGCCUUGCGGCUUUACGCGAGGUGCGGCUACGAAGAGGCGCCGAAUGGCGCUUCGAACCGAGCCUUCACAAACAGUCUCGGCCUCUCGGGCGGCUUUAUCGGACAGCGCCAUCUCCUCCUGCACAAGACGUUCCCGGACGCCGAUGGCAGUGACGGUGAUAGAGGGAACUAGAUCGACCUGCCGUUUGCUCCUCUUUUUUUUUGUGCGCGUUCGUCGGCGUUCUGGACCUUGCUUGAAAGCCUUCGCUUCCGCGAGGCUCUGUUGCUUGGAGCUUUCUGGUGUUUCCACGCCGAUUGAAUGCUGUGCGUGGUCAGCGAUGAGUUGCCACGCCCGCCUUGAGCUUGUGACCAAGCUUUUGUUCGCGUGUGGGAUCCGGCGUUGUCAUGUAUCCGAAAUAGUCUAGUCCCUAGAACACGAGAGUUUUGGCGCGUCUUGUCCCUAGAAUUGCGAGAUUUUUGGCGUGUCUAGCCCCGUUGGGUCAAGAAGCUUGUGGGCUCUUGGGGUGAUAAGUGCGACAUCCCCCCUCCGCCCCUGCGGCUCAAAUUGAUUUUGGUGCGUGUCUCCCUCAUCAUUAUUGGGUUCGUUCGAAGAGCCCCCUCCUCCCAAGCACUACCACACGACGGUGCCGCCUCAGCCGCUGCCGUGGUCCGCGCCCGCUCGCUGGUGUUUGGGCCUUCAAAACAGGAGAUUGGUGGUGGUUACUUCGUUCAUUUUGGCGGUUUGACCCUUGUCUGGACAGGCACCGCCUGUGCGCGCGCCCAGUUCUUGUCGGAUUAAGUUUCAUUUGAAAAGGAAGGUAUCUACCAAAAUACUGAUACGGCCGUUGGUGACGGCCCCUUCCUUUUCUUAUUGUACAUAAGUUGCUGCGCGAUUUUGAAGUGUUUUUGUUGGGCGUGUGGGCCGGCCUAUAGAAAUGCAUGCACGGUCGAGUGACGGGGACGGGCAGUUUGCUUUACCGUGCAUCAUGUUCGGAUCUCUUUCGAAGGUGGUAAGAGGGAAGCGUGUGAGGGCGGCAGGAUUGGGUGACUUGGGAAGCCGCCGUUAGGUUGCGCAGCUGCGUGGUCGUGUGGUCGGGUGCUGUUCUGUGGGUGUCAAAGAGAAAAGAGUCGAGGCACGCCCAGGCGUUUCUGGAGUUUUUUCGUUUGACCGCCUAAUUCUGUCUCGAAUCUUUUGUAAAUACGUAAUGGAAGAAGUGGAAUGGAGAGGAAUGGAAUUCAUUAGAAUGGAAAGAAACUUAAUUCGGCGCCUAUAAAUAGUCCCCCCGGUUCUCGACGCGCAUCUCAUGACGUAGGUGGUCUGCCGUCCGUCCAGGCCUGUAAGUACUUGUAGCAGCUUCUCUUAUUAAGACAUUUUUCUGUCCGGGACGCGAACGCAACGACUUGUUAUCUUUGCAAAGAGCAUAAUGUUCGUCGGUUUACUCGGGUGCCGGUUGAACGCACGUAGCGCGGCCUUGUAGUCCACGACGGCGCUGGCGGUAACUAUGCCAAUGUGCGCCCGCUGGAGACAGGCUGCUGCUUUGGGCGAUGCAGCAGCAACAUGCCUAAGUGCAGAUGUUCGGCGGCCGGUGGAUAGCUGUUGCAGCUGGCACAUGCUAACGCCAGAGAGUAGUAGGCGUGAAAGUCGGAAUCGUGAAUAGUGGAUUGUUAGUUUGACCCUUCAACACCCGAAAGCAACGUCCAGAGGGACCCCGCUACGUCGGCG